AUGAGCAAUCACCUAGGAAACCUUUCAGGUCCUGCUGGAAGAACUAACUUCCUGAGAGUGACUUUGAAUUUUCAAGGCAUCCAAGAUCUGGGUCGGAAGAGACAACUGCAAACCAGGGUUCUCGACAAACUCAAGCACCUGAAGAGCAAAAGCGGGAUUGAGGGUCAAGACAAUUGUCAUCUCUGGGUUACCAAGGAUCGCUCAAUCGAGGAGCGCAUCAGAAUCAGGGCCCUGGUUCUAACCAAGAAUUUUUAUGAGAAGUUGCCCCAGCCCUCCGAACCUGCACCAUGCCGGCCUCCUCCCGAAAUCGUUUGGCGGGGACAGGUAUUUGUAGGACAACGCAGAAUGCUCAAGUGUAUGGACAACGGGCAUGAGCCCACAGCCAACGAUCAGAUCGUGGAAGUUACUGGCAAGCCUAAGGAAGCUUUGCAACAGAUGUGGGCAGAUUAUGGGCCCGAUGCCACGCCUUUUGGUUCGGCCAUUGGUAUCCCCACCUCCUGGCUUGGUAAGGCAUACGUCAGUUUUUUGCAUCAAUUCAUCUGCCCUACAAACUUCGUGAGGCGCUAUCAUGACGAAAUUGCCUUCUGCUGUGAUCUUAACUACGACAUCUUGGAUAUCGUCAAUGUGGACGAGAGAGGAGUGCCUCUGGGCCAACUCUUGCGCUCGCUUGGCUUGGAAUUCACGAGGCUCCAUGAACCCACUUGGAGCAAUACUAGCGGUGCAUGCUCUCGAAUCGAUUUCAUUCUGUUCUCGCUGCAAUCCAUGACUUUCUGGGACGAUAGAGUUCUUUUGGGUUCUGACGCCAUUGUCGGUUCUGAUCACUGUGCUAUCAGCGUGAGCCUUCAGUCACUCACCUCAAUCGGUAGAGGAGCAUUCCAGAAUUCCAAAUGCGGCAAAUGGUGGACUCAAGGCCCACAACUUAUGAAUAAAGCUAGUGCCCUCGCCGAGCACCUUGAGCUGUCCAUGUCGGACAUGUGUAUGGAGGAUCUCUCCUCCCUGUGUCAGUCUUGCUCCCGAAGGGUCACCAGCUGUCGUUUUGUGGACACACCCGACAUCAAAGCUCUCAUCGCUAAGAGGAAGCGGCUACGAGGACGCGAGGCACGGGAACUGGCUAAGCAGAUCGCAGACACACGCAGACAGGCCAAAAAAGAAUGGCUUGCUUCCUUACUCCAGAAGAGCGCAGAAGGAGAUUUCAGAGCCAUUGCGUAUUUUAAGAAACGUAACACGGCCAUGUACACGCAAGGGUCUUACUGCAUUCGGGCUGGUGGACGCAGCAAGGCAAUUGCUGACCUCAGGUUCUUUUACCAGCGUAAGCACACGCCUCCUGAUCCCAUGCCCCCUGGACUGCCUCGCGCCAUCUUCCACGCAAGGGCGCCUAUUCAGCCUAUUCUUAAUCCCCUACCCUUCACGCUGGAGGAGAUCCGCGAUGUAGCAUUCAUGUGCAAGCACAACAAGAGCACAGGGGCUGAUGGGAUUUCAUACGAGGCCUUGCAAAUGCUGUUACAAUCUGAGCUGGCAGAACACAUCCUUGACAUGUACAAUGGCGUGUUCACCAAGGCCUUGAUGUUGCGCCUGAGACCCAAACUGCCCAGCAUUGGAGCUUUCCAGGUAGGUGGGGUCCCUCAGCGACAAAUCCUUGAUGCAGCUUGUGCAGUGCAGCAAGCCAUCAGACUAUCAGAACAGUAUGGCAAGCCACUUGUCAUCAUCAAGCUAGAUGUUGCAGCGGCCUUCGAUUCACUUUCCCAUGCAUCCAUCGCCUCUUUCUUAGCACAGGCACAGGGGAGUCGCGAGGCCGAAGUAUUGCUGGAUGUCAUUUGCAACAGUUGUGUGGGGCUUGGGCUUCAGGGGACGAGUUGGGAUCAGCCACUUCGACAGGGUGUCCUACAGGGCAGUUCUUAUAGCGCCGAGCUUUUUGCUCGAUGUGUGGAUUUCUACAUGUCCUUCAUCAACCAGGAGUGGCAACAGCGCGAGGAGACCUGGCUCCAAACCCAGGAAGGACGAAAACUCUUUUUGACUCCUUUUGCCGAUGAUUUGGUUCUCAUAGCUACGUCGCGAGACCAAGCUGUCCGCUUGCUUGAGGACACAGUUCGGACUCUUGGCGCUAUUGGCCUACGGAUGAAUUGGCGAAAGUGCAAGUAUAUUCAAACCCCAGGACUACCCAAAAUCCCUAUGACACCGUGCGGAACAGACAUCCAGUGGGCGCAAAGUUUCAUCUUCUUGGGCAUUCUCAUGGGAUUUCAGCUUUCCUGCCAAGCUGUCCUUGCUGCCAGGAUGACUAAGAUCUUCGAUGUCUUCAUUACGUCUCGCUGGAGAUGGCUCAGCCCAGCGGUGAGAGUCCUUGGAUUCUUGGAUAGCAAGAAGGAGAGCCAGCAGACUGGCCGCCCAAUUGGCAGGUACCCACCCCAGUCUUUUAUUCCGAUUGCUGUUACACUCCGCAUCAAGGGACCCGAGUGGCUUUUCGCUAAUGGUUCCUGCAACGCGCGUGGGAACAGAGCAGCUGACAGGGAAGUGUGGAAGCAUUUCUCAGCUGACUGGAGCUACAAGAAUGACGCACUGGCCACUCGCUUCUACUCCCAGUCUCCGGAAGAGGUAGAUUUGCGGGGUUGCCAGCUAUUGCAAAAUGGCGAUUUUUUCUCGCUUCUGCACACCAGACACCCACCCGUGGAGGAGCCGUACACCACGUCCUUUGUAUGCCUCAAUACCCCCUCUUGCGAUGCCCAGACAGAGGGAGAGUCGGAGAAUGUGCUGAGGGUCUUUUCGGACGGGAGUGCUCCCAAUAACCGGAAGGGGCAGGCGGGCACAGGGGGAGGGGCUGUCGUUGUCCUCAGCUUUGUGAGUUCCCGUGCAUGUCCUUACACUGGUGCUGCAAGCAGAGGGGGGGGGCAGGGAACUCUUCUUUUGACUGCAGUGAUCGGCGUGACUGUGAUGGUGCUUUUCGGAUGGGGAGCCCUGACGAGCUUCCUCCGAAGCCUUGUCACGACUAUGCAAGGUGCGGAGAUGCAGCACUCCCUCACGACCAGGAUGGAGAAGACUACGGAGACCCUUGUGUCACAGGUACAUGACAUUCAGGCAGCAAUCAAGGGACUCGCCGAUGCCCCUCGUGAGAGCCUGGAUGCCCAUGCCUUUGGUGAAGAACUCUGGGACAGCCUCCGCCCGGUGCUCGCACAAUGGUCCCAAGUCCAGGGUGACAAGACCUUGAAGAUCCUGCAAGACUGGAUCGAUGGCGCUGCUCCCACCACUUCCACCUCCUCGGUGUCUACACAAGUCCUCGAGAACAAGAUGAAGGACUUCCAUGCAGCGGUGAUGGCACAGCUGCAGGACCUCCAGGGCGCCGUUACGACGACGACUCUGAACAAGGUCGACAACCUCAACACGAAGGUGGAAGCAGUGGCGGCGGAAACCAAAACCAUGGCAGGCUACAUGAGAGAAGACCAUGCCCUCAUCGUUCGCAUCAAGGACCGAGUCGAAGAGGUGUCCAAGGAGUCUUUGUCCCACCGCAGCGCGGUGCUCGCCGAGAUAAAGAAUGUCUGCGAGGACACGGCCAAGACCUUACUUUGGGUCAGUGGCCAGGAAACCGAGCUGAAGGAUCGCACACACAAGAUCGAGUCCAUGCUCACUGGCAUGCUGGAUGUGGUGAACGAUGUCGGCACGGCCCUCGAGAG